UUGGUUGUUAUCAUUUUAUCAUAAAAUUUUCUGUUACUUGGUUACUUCAAUUCAAUUGGAAAGGUUCACAAAUCGGUUGUAUUGUUUUCCAGUGAAUUCAUUUUGUUUUUUGUUUUCCUUUGUUUUUGUUUUGUUCAGUUUUGUUUUGUUCACGAUUCAAUUGUUGUUGAUCAACUAAUCAUCUUUCUGUUGACAUUAUGGCGAAACCAUUUAAUCGUUAUAAUUACGCAAUUGUUUCACGAGUUCCUGAUUCAUUUUCCUCGGCCAUUGGUCUCUCUGAAACGGUCAAUCUUUCUGAAGCUCGUCGGGAACAUGUUGACCUCACCAAGAUCCUUCGUAACCUUGGUGUCGAUGUAAUUGAACUUCCAGCUGAUGAAACUCUCCCCGAUUCACCUUAUGUUGAAGAUACAGCCGCUGUUUACAAUGGAAUCGCCCUGAUAUGUAGACCAGGUCAUCCGGCCAGAGUCAGAGAAACUGACACAAUUAGAGCGAUAAUUGUUAAAGAGCUUGAAUUACCGAUCAUCCAAAUAGCCGAUCCAAAAGCGACUCUCGAUGGAGGUGACAUUCUAUUCACUGGUAAAGAAUUUUUUGUCGGUAUUUCCGGUCGAACCAAUGAAUCGGGUGCUCGAGCCUUGGCAGCAGCGUUUCCCGAAUAUCCAGUUACACCUAUUAGAGUUCCAGGUAAACUGAUUCACCUUAAAUCGUGUAUGUCGAUGGCAGGACCCGAUAUAAUUUGUAUCAGUUCAACUCCAGAAGCUCGAGAGAUCCUCAAGAGAAUGGAGCAAGAAGCAACUUUUAGAUAUGCAACUUUAACGGUACCUGACAACGGAGCGGCUAAUGUGGCCUUUAUCAAUGGGACACUUCUUUAUCGAUCAGAAUAUCCUAAUAGUUGUGAAUUGAUUGAGAAAAGAAUUGAUUAUCCAAAGAUACCAAUCAAAUUGUGGGAAUUGAGUAAAGCUCAAGGAUCUCUAUCAUCACUUGCUCUUCUAGUUAACAAGCCAAACAAAAGGAGUUUAAGAAGUUAACACAAUCAAUUAAUCAACUCAAUUCUCUCUCAUCAAGAUCAUCAUCAUCAUCAUCAUCAUCAUUAUAAUCAUCUUCAUCUACUUUAAUCAAUUUCUCCUUGAAGAACAUGAAAUUUUGAUCCAAUUUCCUCAUCCACCUACUCUCACAGUUAACGAUAAAAACAACAAGGUUCACAUACAAUCAUCUUAAUUACACAUUGUAAUUACUAAUUUCUAAUUGUAUUUGACAGAUUUAAUUAACUAUUGACAAUUGAUUCUCAUUCCAAAAUUUUGUUUCGAUUUCCAAUGUUACAAAUUAACGAUCAUUGUUAACCUGUCAAAUUAUUGUUCUAAUUGUUAGCGAAAAAGGUUACAAACAAUUUAACUGUUUCCAUUUUUUUCUCUUAAUUUGAUGUUCCUUUUAAUCAUUACUAUUUAUACAAUCAACUAAUUAGAAAACUUAAUUAUCUUUGAAUGAACUUUUUUUCUCUUGUAACAUUUAUCUGUAUUGAAAAACCAUUGGGGCUUUAAAAGAAUUGAAUUUUUUUUACUCAUUUAAAGAAAAAUAGGUUAACUAUUGAACAAAUAAAUUUACUUUAACAAAUCAGUCAAUUAAAUUAACAAAUUGUUCGCAAUUUGUUUCGAUUAACUUAUUUUCACAAUUUUAAUUUCCACGUUUGAAUUUGGCGCUUUUCUUUUCUAUGACUCAUCGGCUGAUGUAAUAAGAGAAACAUUUAAGUGAAAGGAAAAGCCUUUAAUUGUGAUCAAAAGGUUGAUGAUUAAGCCUUAAUUGUCUUCUUUUUUUUAAUUACUCUCUUUUUUAAUUGUGUUUUAAUAGAAAAUAUAGAAAACUUAACUGUCUUUCAUUUUCUCAUGGAAUUUAUAAUCUAGUUAACUUAAUUCAUUUUCUUUUUCUUUGCCAUUUGUGUUGAAUUUUUUUUCUCCUUUACUCUUACUUAUGUUUUCUCGCCAUCGCAGUUUUAAACAAUCUAAUUAAUGGUAAUUUCUUUUCUACCUUCAUUGAUGACAGAAUAUUGAAGAUGAUUUUUUAUGCCUUUUCUUCUUUAUGUCAACAGUGAUUACAUCAUCAUCACCAAUAGAAUCUAAAGUGAAACAUUUUCUAAAGUGAAUCGCCAAAAAAAAAAUUCGCCUUAUAAAGCUACAAGUGGGGGAGAUUUUUUUUCUUUUCUUUGAUUUUCGUGAAUUUGUUUCGGUCUCCGUUUGUUUUUAUUUGUCCUUUUGUUCUAUGGUCACUUUUUUCUUCUCUUCUUCUCUUUCUUUGUUCAAUUUGGUACGUUGAACGUUUCACUUUGUUUCUACGAUCAAAAAUGUCCCGUCAAUUUGAUUCUCGACAAAAUCUAUCACUUCCUCUUACCAAUUCAACUGUUGCCACAAUCACUACUCCAACCUUAACACCGACUACUUUAAAAUUGCUUGAAGAUUGUUUUCCCAUUCAAAGUCAAAUGGAUCAUAUGUUUACCCAUCAAUAUCAGGCUGGUUUCAUUCCACCGGCCAUUAAUUCAUCAUCAAUUGCUUCGGAUUCUUCUUGCUCCCAAUUUGACAGCGAAGGUGAUAUUUCUCGAGAUGCAUCACCUCAAAAUAUCAACACCAACCGUGAGAACAACAACAAUGUUCCCAAUGGAUCCGAUCAAACAUCUUCUCAAAUGGUAGUAGAUGAUGAAUCUAGAAAAAAACAACGAAGAGAAAGAAACAAACAAGCUGCCGCUCGAUGUCGACAACGACGAAUCGAAUACACCAAUAAAUUAGCUCGGGAGACGCAAGAACUUGAAACGGUCAACAAUGAACUUCGCUCUACAUUAGCUGCUUUAGCCGCUCAAAAAGUUCAACUGGAAAAUUCACUUAAAAUUCACAGUUCCAUGGGUCUUCAAAUGAUGUAACAAUUGACAGUUCUAUGCAUCUUAAUCAAUUGGAUUCUAUUUUCUUAACAAACACAAACACAAAACAAUAGACAAAAAGUUGCUCAACUAAUUAAUUACCUGUUGAUUUUGAUUACCGUUCUUACAAAACAAACAAAUCACACUAACGGUAAAAUUAACAAUAUAUAUACAUAUAAAUAUAUAUUUUAUCUAACCUUUACCACACCCUUAUAAUGAUAAUUAUCAACAAAUCACCCUGUAAACGAUAUGAUGUUUUCACAAUCAAAGUAACUCUGUUUACAUCAAGAAUAUCAUAGAGUUAAUCUUAUAUUUAUUUUUCAUGUAAAACUUUAUUCUUGCCAAAACAAAAUAAUAAAAAUAUUAUUUUAACAAUUUAA